ACAAAUGAAUAAUCAUUUAUAUAAAUAUAUUAUUGUUUUAUUUUAAAUUAAUAUAAGUCAUGUCAAUAUUAGAUCCUACCGAUAUUUCUACUUUACCUUGGUAUUAUGACGAAUUUGGAAUGAUGGAUGUAUUAGUUGAACCUAAGGAUAAACUUUUUGAAUUUGAUGAGCUUAAAAUGGAACCAUUGUCACCUUAUUUUGGUGAUGAUAUCAAAUUUAAUACAGGAGUUAGUGAUUUAGAUAGUGAUUAUAUGAUGCAAUGGAAUAUUGAAUCAUGUUUAGGAAAUGGUAUUGAUUUGGAAAAAGAUUCAUUCAAAUCAUCACCUCCAUCAUCUCCUUCUAAUGAGUCAAUGCCAAGUGGUGAUUCACAAUCAUCAUUUGAUUCAAACCAAAUAUUACCAAAGAUAUUAUCAUCAAAUAUGAAAAAUAUAAAUGCAAUUUGUGAUACUAAUACAGUAUUUGCUAUAAAAUCUAUGAAUGGAAGUAAAACAUUUCCGAAACUGAAAAUUUCUCCAGCUCCAAUUAAACCAAGUUUUAAUGCAGCUUCUAGAACUAAUAAUAAUUUCAAUGUUUCUUCAAUGCUCACUGAUCAAACUAAUCAAUCUCCAGUCACAAUUUCAAAAUCAUUUGCAUCAACUCUUCCGCGAAAGAUUAUAUUAACUCAAGAUCAAUUUUCAAAAAUAACUAAAUUGCAAAAACAAAAACAAAUAGAUUUAAAUAUACCAACUGCAACACCAUUAGUAUCAAGUACAUCAGAAGUUAAUACUCAAUUGACAUUGCCAGUUGUUGAAAUUGAUUCAGCAAAGUCUAAAAAUUCUACUACCACUUUACAAUAUAAUCAAUUAAGUGCAAUAAAACGACAUCAACGUAUGAUACGAAAUCGAGAAGCAGCAAGCUUAUCUCGUAAAAAGAAAAAAGAAUAUGUAACAUCAUUAGAAGAAAAAAUAUGUGUAUUGGAAAAAGAAAAUCUGGAACUAAAAAUUGAAAAUUCAGCAUUGAAAGAAAGGCUCAAAAUUUUUGACAAAUUAUCUUCAAUAACAGAUAGACCUUUUAUCAAAAAAGCCAAAAAAGCUACAGUUAUAUUAUCAGUAGUUUUAAUGAUUUCUUUAAAUAUUGUACCUUCGGGGAUUUUUAAUAUAAGGCAAUUUGACAAAUCAGAAAUGCAAAUAAACCUUGGAGAUAAUUAUAAUACAAAAAAUGUUGAAAACAUAAACUUUCAUAGUAGAAAUCUAUUAUGGGUCAAUGACUUUGAAGACAGUAAUUCGUCAUUGAAUGCUACUGAACAUUUGAUGUGUCCAACAUUUAUAAAUGUAUCUGAAUCAAAAAGAAUUGAUAGCGAACUUCGAAAAUGGAUUGAACCAAAGAAUUUAAAGUUGUUGAAUGACAACUUAUCUAUGGUUUAUGUUGAACCUCCAAUUAUAAGUACUACUAUUGAACAUUCUAAACACAAUGAAUAUAUCAGAAAUAAAGUCAAAAAAAUGGAAAGAUCUCAAAAAAGAAAUUUUAAAAAAAGAAAGCAUGUUCCAUCUAACAAUGAUUUCAUAGAAAUAUUUGGCCAGUUGAAGUUAGAUAGUAAAGAAAGUUUAUUCGAUUCUAUUGAAAGGCAAGAUGAUACUUUCUAUGUUGUAUCUUUUUCUGGUGAUCAUUUGUUAUUACCAGCUAGUCAUAAUGCUUCUAAUACUACCCUUCGACCAAAGAUGUCACUUGUUUUUCCAACUCUAUCAUCAAAUGGUUCGGAUUUUGUCACUAUGAUUCAAAUUGAUUGUGCUGUAACUGAUACAAAAACAUUACAUAUUCGAGAUACUCACUUAAGACAUAAUGAUUUUAAAAAUAAUGGUUCUUCCAACUUAAAACAGCACAAUGAUCAUAGAAACAAUAUAGCACACAAGCCCUAUUUUAUACGACAAAGUUACUCUGGUUCAAUGUUUAGCAAAAUGAACCAUGAACUUCCAAGUUACUAACAUUGCAAUGUAUUUCAAAAUCAGAAAUCAUAUCUCAACCAUUUUUUCUUAUAUUUGAAUGCAUUUUUUUCUUCUUAAGCAUAAAUAAACCAUAUACUAAUAAUAUGAAUUGUUAUGUUUACAAAUUCCUACAAAAAGUGGCAUUCAGUUAGAAAGUUAAGCUACUAAUAUAUGAUUUAAUUUACUUAUUUUUAGAUAUGUACUUUAUUCAUAAUUUAGCAUAUUAUAUAU